GUCAAAUCAAUUUCAUAUUGAGGUUAUAAAAUUAUGUUUAUCUUGCAACCUGAAUGACUACUUUUAAUUUAUGAUUUAUUUAACAUUAACGUGCGAUGGCACCUACAAUUAAUUCCAAUGAUGGGCCUACGAUUAGCUUUCUGCCGACUGUUGAGUGGUUCUUUGGAUUAGACAUAGACCUAAGGACUGGAUCGCUGAUAGUUGCAUUCAUCUGUAUUGUGUCUCCGGUGUGCAUGGCGUACAAGUGGGCGGUGCGCAGCGGGUUCCUGCUGCUCACCAUGAGCGUGGUGUCCGCGCUGCACCUCGCCGCCAGCCUCGCGCUGCUGGGCGGCGUGCUCCUGCUGCGGCCGUCCUUCAUCAGUCUCUGGCUGUGGUCGAGCGUGGGCUACGUGGUGCUGUCGCUGGGGCUGGCGCUGUGCACGGCGCUCGCCCCCCCACGCUCCGCCCUCGCCGCCGCGCUUGCUGCCUCCAUGCUGCUCUACAUCUGCCUGUUAGUUUACUUCAUAAUAGUGGUCAAUAGUUUCGAAAUAGAGAAACCACCACAACCACCACACAUCAUCACACCACCUCACGUCACCACACCAUCUCACGUCACCACGCCAGCUGACGUCACCACACCACCUGACGUCACCACACCACCUGACGUCACCACACCACCAGACGUCACCACACCACCUGACAUCACCACACCACCUGACAUCACCACACCACCUGACGUCACCACACCACCUGAUAGUACAGAUCCAACCACGGAACCCUCACCCGCUGCCCAAUUCGAAGAGAUCAGCGACCCCCCGAGCCACCUGGACCCGUGGAAAAAACUAGCCGACAGCCUCGACUCUUCUCUCAUUGAGGUGAAGGAAGAAUCAAAUAGGAUCAGAGUCAAGCACUCCCCACAGCUAGCCGACGAUGUGAGUGCGAUAAGGACGGACGCGUGGAAGCGGCUGCAGGAGGAAGAGAGACAAGACAAUACGACGGCUAGAAAUAACAAGAUGUUGGCUACGGGUGAAGAGAUGAACCUAGCAAGUGAAUAGUUGUAUGAAGGAGUUUGAGUAUAGUGUAAGCUAAAGCUCGAUUUAUCGUACUAGAA